UGCCCUCUCAAUACCCUCCGAGGAUUUGGAUCCCAAUCCACUCUCCAGCUCCAAACCCCCCAAACCCUACCAUCACCGCACCGCCGCCAGCCUCCGAUCCCUUUCGCUGAUACGGAGCCAGCGAGAGAAAGGCGGUUAGCCGGUAGAGGCGGCGUUGGGACGAUGCCGCUGGGGCUGAUAGUGAGCUCGCUCGGGCGGGCGAUGCGGCGGAAGCGGACAUCCUCGCUUGACAUCCUCUCCUCCAAGCGUGCGCCUCGGGAUUACUACAAGGGCAAGAACUGCAAGCCCACCGGUUUCCACACCCGCAAAGGUGGAUAUGUGAUUGUUGAUGAAAAGUUGCCAAGAUUUGUGGUGCCUGACUUGACUGAUUUCAAGUUGAAGCCAUAUGUGUCACAAUGCGCCAGGGACCUCACGGCGUCCUCAACACCCUCGACUACAGCAGAAUCUACUGAAAACAAGAACUGAUCUUUAUUCAGCUGCACUAUUCAUUGCUUACCUUUUACAUGGACCGGUCCAGCACCGCUGUUAUGUUUUCAGUAGUCGAGAGUGCCCAUGUUCAGGCUUCGGCGCAUGCAGCAUCAGCAGCCUAGCUACAUCUGGACUGCUCAGAUAGCUUUAUUGUAAUGGCAAACUUCAUACCGCAGCAUAAAAUAAAUCAUGUAGAAGUUUUCCGGUCUUUAGAUGUACCGCAGACACAGCGAUUAAUCUUUCUAUUUGUAA